AUGGCAACAUAUCAAGAGCAGAGCUUGCCGCCGCUUGCAAUCAUUGGUCUAUCGCUCAAGUUUCCCGGGGACGCGAUAACACCAGAUGCCUUUUGGAAGAUGCUUCUGGAGGGGAGGGCCACCGCGAGCGAGUUCCCAUCGGAUCGGCUCAAUAUUGGCGCAUUGCAUCAUCCAGAUCGUGAGCGUCUAGACCACCUGUCUUUACGAGGAGGCAACUUUAUGACUGGAGACUUGGGCGCGUUUGACGCUGGAUUCUUUACAAUCAAUGCCACCGAGGCAGAAGCAAUGGAUCCGCAACAGAGGUUAAUAUUAGAGACAUCUUAUCGCGCGUUGGAGAACGCAGGAAUUACCGUCGAAGAAGCGUCUGGCUCUAAAACGUGUGUCUUCACCGGAAGCUUUUCUCAUGAUUAUCACACGUUACAAGUCAAGGAUCCCAUGACAUUGCCAAAAUGGCAUGCUACUGGGACAUCCAUGAAUAUGCUGUCGAACCGCGUUAGUUGGUUCUUUAACCUGCAGGGACCGAGUGCUACUGUUGAUACUGCCUGCUCUAGCGGUUUGAUGGCGAUUGAUUUAGCCUGUCAAUCUAUAUGGAGCGGAAACUCUUCCAUGGGUUUAGCCAUUGGUAGCAACACAAUCCUGUCAUUGGAAAUGAGCCUAUGUCUUGAUAAUCUAGGCCUCCUGUCGAAGGAUAGUCGCUCAUAUAGUUUUGAUCAACGUGGAAAUGGCUAUGCUCGAGGUGAGGGCGUUGGCGUAUUAGUGAUUCGACCUCUGGAAGAAGCAAUUGGCCAUGGUGAUACUAUAAGAGCCGUCAUCCGAUCCUCCGCUUCGAAUCAGGAUGGACGCACACCGGGGAUCAUGCAGCCUAGUGGUGCCAUGCAAGAGAAAUUGAUCCUCGAUACUUAUAAGAAAGGAGGGCUUGAUCUAGCAACGACGCGAUAUUUUGAAGCUCAUGGAACAGGUAUAGCUAUUACCAAUGCUGAGACUCAAUACAGAGGAUCUGUAAAAUCUUCCGUUGGCCAUUUGGAGGGCGCAAGUGGUGUGGCUGGAGUGAUCAAGGUUGUUCUUGCCUUAGAAAAAGGAAUCAUUCCCCCAAAUGCAGGCUUAGAGAAACUAAACCACCGGAUUGACGAUGAGUUCUUUCAUAUAAAGGUCCCUCAAAGCCCCGUGACCUGGCCUGUUGUUGGAUUGAGAAGGGCCUCAGUCAGCUCCUUUGGCUUUGGCGGAUCCAAUAUUCACAUUGUGCUGGACGAUGCCUUGAAUUAUCUCCAGACCCAUGACCUUAACGGAAAACACGAUACAGCUGCCCAUCCCAAGGUCCCGUGCUUAGACUAUGGUAGCACAAAUGGGAUACGGGAAGAAUUAUCCGAUGAGGCAAAGGUGCUUGUCUGGUCAGCUGCAGAUGAGAACGGAAUUUCUCGCAUUCAAGAUAGCUGGAGAUCGUACUUCUCAUCACUCCAGGUCCCAGAUAGCAAAAGGACAGCGUACCUGAAUAAUCUAGCAUACACACUAACUAGUAGAAGAAGCCAUCACUUAUGGAGAACAUUUGUCACUGUGAAACCAUCGGAUGACUGGUCAGUAGUAGUGGAUAAAUUUGCUCGCCCAUGUCGGUCGGUCUCAUCGCCCAAUCUGGCAUUCAUAUUCACUGGGCAAGGAGCACAAUGGUACGCCAUGGGUCGUGAGCUCCUUAACAAUUACCCUGUUUUCCUCCAUAGCAUCCAAGAAGCCAAUAGGUAUCUCCGCAGCUUGGGAUGCCAAUGGGAUCUCUUAGAGGAACUCCAAAAGCCGGAGGAGUUGUCCAAUGUAAACAAGACAGAAUACAGCCAGCCGCUUUGUACUGCACUCCAGGUUGGCUUGGUUGACCUUCUCUCGCACUUCAAGAUUACACCCAAGGCUGUCGCGGGCCACUCGGCUGGGGAAAUCGCAGCUGCGUACUGUAUCUCCGCUAUAGAUAGACGCUCCGCUUGGAAAAUUGCUUUUUACCGUGGGAGAUGGAGCAGCCAGUUAGAGAAAUCUAGCUAUGUGAAGGGGUCAAUGCUAGCGGUAGCAUUGCCCCCAAAAGAGGUUGAGCCAUACUUCGAGAAAAUAGCUAAUAAGUACGAAAUUUUGAGAUUGACAGUGGCGUGUAUCAAUAGCCCUAAAAGCGUGACGAUAUCUGGCGAGGAGACGCAGAUUGAUAUGCUCAAAUCAACUCUCGAUGUACACGACAUCUUCUGCCGAAAGUUGAAGGUCAAGGUUGCUUACCACUCGUUCCAGAUGCAUGAAAUUGCGUCACAAUAUCGGACCGCCAUGGGGAAGCUGGACAAAGGCACAGAGAAAGGUACUUUCGUGGAGAUGGUGUCCUCGGUCACAGGCACCUGGGUUAAUCCAGAAAGCCUGAGGGAGCCGGAGUACUGGGUGCAAAAUAUGGUUUCCCCGGUGAAGUUCUCCGAUGCUUUAUCUACUCUCUGCUCAAAGGCAGAGACCCCUAAACUAAAGCUUGAUCGGAGUCAUCGGAGGGCGCUGCAAAUCCAUCACUUAGUUGAGCUUGGCCCACAUUCAGCGCUCCAAGCCCCUAUUAAAGAGAACCUGGAUAAUUUAAACCGACAGUCCGUUGUAUAUUAUUCACUUCUGGUGCGGGGCGUGCCGGCAACGGAUACUGUCAUGACAAUGGCUGGCUAUUUGCAUGCAGCUGGAUACUCGAUUGAUCUUGGAGCUGUGAAUAAACUGAAUACUUCUGGGGAAGAAGGCCUGUUGAAGUCACUAUCAGAUCUUCCGGAAUAUCCCUUCAACCAUAGCAAGACUUACUGGCAUGAGAGCCAGAUAAGCAGAAAUCACAGACUGCCUAGAAUAGGUAAAAAUGACCUUCUGGGUUCACCAGAUCCUAACUGGAACCCUCUUGAACCACGAUGGAGGAAUAUUAUCAGGUUAUCUGAAAUGCCCUGGGUCCGAGAUCAUCAGAUCAACGGUACGACAAUAUACCCAGCAGCUGGAAUGAUCGUUAUGGCUGUUGAGGCAGCCAAACAGUUAGCAAGCGAGGGCCGUCGGAUCUCAGGCUUCAAUAUCAGGGACGUUGCUCUCCAUGCUGCGAUCCCAAUCCAUGGACAAAAUGAGGUCGUGGAAACAGCAUUUAGUAUGAAUCCGGUAAAGGAGCUUAUGUCUGCAGCAUCACAUUGGUAUGAAUUUCGACUCUACAUGAAUACAGGUUCAUCGUGGGUGUCGAACUGUACAGGCUCUAUCCAGAUGACGUAUCAUCCAGAGAAGCCAGAUCCUGUGGACAGUAGCCACCUGCAACGAGAGUUAAACAGCCAACAGAUUCAGUCAUAUCUACAAGCGAGCCAAAGAUGUAGCUCCCACGCCCGAGUACAGGAGCUCUACUCUCACCUGGAAAAAUGUGGUUAUGGCUAUGGUGACGCAUUCCAACGAAUCGCUGCCUUGAGUGUCGACCCAAAUGACUACACAUGUGUUACUGGCGAAAUAAGCAACAGCCCGUCAACCCUGAAUGAGACAAUCCACCCUACAGCUCUCGAUGCUCUAAUUCAGACGGCUCUUUGGCCCACGACAAGAUGCGGUGCCGAGGUCAUACCAACCGCCAUCCCAACGCACAUCCGGAACAUAGCGUUAUCUGUCGAUGGCCUCAAUGUUUCUCAUGGUAACUUAAAGGUCUACACCAAGGUAGAAGCAUCCACAAACUCAGACAUAUCUGCAAGCAUCACUGCUUUUGAUGAUCAACUAGGAAGCGCAAUAAUUACUGUGGAUGCGCUGAGAUGUACCGCAGUUAAUGAUGGUGUAGGACCCGAAACAAACCAAUCCGACAAUCUUUGUCAUCAGAUCGAAUGGAAGCCAGAGAUCAGGUUGCUGAAAAACAAUGAAAUUGACCAGGUCUGCCGAAAGGCAUACGGGGAUCCUUCAACGCCCGAAGAUUUCUUCACGGGAGUGGACUUCAUACUGCUUGCGCGUCUUUUAGAAGCCCUCGAUACCCUGACCAAAGGAGCCCAGACGCCCAGUAAGCCGCACUUUAAAAAAUAUCUCGAAUGGGCAGCUACCCAAAAGAGGUUGUUGAGCGACGGUCGCCUAUUAUUUUCCUCGGAACCUUGGAGCAGCCGUUUUCAUGAUGCGAAGUACAUCCAGAAUUUAGAGAUAUGGCUUUCUGAGAGGAACAAGCAGGGGAAGUUCUUGGUGAGUAUUGCUCAAAAUCUCACAAAACUUCUGUGUGAGGAGCUGGACCCUCUAGAAUUUAUCUUUACUGGUGGACUCAUUAACGACCAUUACUAUGAUGCGCUUGAUUGUGCAAACAGUUCCAGGCGAAUAACGGCGUACCUCGAGAUUCUAUCGCAUGCAAAUCCGCAGAUGAAGAUCCUUGAGAUAGGGGCAGGAACAGGAUCCGCUACUAGCAUAUUCUUACGAACAUUGGGGCGCGGGCAGGAUGGUGCAAAGUCUCCAAGAUAUGCUCACUGGGAUUAUACGGAUAUCUCACGUUCAUUCUUUGGCGAGGCAGCAGAGCAAUUCGCUAGAGAGGCAGAUCAAAUGGGGUUUAGCACCCUCAAUAUUGAACAUGACCCAGAGGAGCAAGGUUUCGAAUGCGGCACAUAUGAUAUGGUUGUCGCUUCGUUGGUAUUGCAUGCCACGUCGGACUUGAUUAAGACGUUAACUCAUGUCCGAAGGCUUCUCAAACCUGGUGGGAAGCUGAUCAUGAAUGAAAUGACUAACCCUGCCCGUUCCGCAUACGUGUUCGGGCUUCUUGAGGGAUGGUGGCUAGGACAUGAACCCUAUCGCUCGCUGAGCCCCUGCAUAGACGAGGCACAGUGGCAUGCGCUUCUGACACAAACCGGAUUCUCAGGAUGUGACCUUGUCUUCCCUGACUUUGAGGAGGCAACCUGCCAUGAGAAUUCCAUUAUCAUCACCACUGCCACCCAAGAGUCCCCAACGGUUUCCGGACGCCCACAUAUCCAAAUAGUCCAUGAUCCGACUGACAGAUCUCAAGUUGAACUAUCACAGUUACUCGUUCAGGGAUGUCGCGGGCUUACAGACUCAAUAGUUGAAUGUGUCUCGCUUGAUGAAACGGGGUCUUCUGAUGAUUUGUUAAGAGUCUACCUGCUCGAAUACGGCACGCCGGUACUGUCUGAAAUGCACGAGAGUCUGUAUACGAGACUUAAGGCUCUCUUCCUGUCACCCGGGUCCACUCUUUGGAUCACUGGUGGAGGGGGCAAAGACUUUGGGCAGCCGCAUCUUCACCUGGUUGAGGGUCUGUUUAGAGUACUGGAUGAAGAAGACAGGAGCCGAGAUCGCUACAUUCUUUCGCUCGAACGCCAACAAACGGAAGGAUACCCUCACUCUCAGCUAGUGCUAAAUAUCAUCUCUCAUAUUCUGUCCUCAGACUCCCCCCUUGUUGAUAUGGAAUAUACCGAGCAUCAGGGGAUAUUGCAUGUUGGGCGCAUAGUGAACCAUCCGUCUCUGAACAACGCCAUUUCUGUUCAGACAAACUCACAGAAAGCCAUAAUGAGGCCACUCGGCUGUGGAACCCCACUGAGUCUUGAUGCUGCAUCUUCCAGCAUGACGGGCGGUUUCCGGUUCACCGAGGCCGAAUGGAGCGAUCGGCCUCUUGCGGCCAACGAAGUAGAGCUUGAGGUGGGCUGCGUCGGUGUCAACUUCCGUGACGUCCUUGUAGCCCUGGACCAGCUUAACAUCGGGAGUAUUGGUUUAGAAUGCAGUGGUAUUAUUACGCGCGUUGGUACAGCCUGCCGCAAGUUCAAGAAAGGAGAUAGAGUUGUCGGUUUCCUGCCUGACUGCUACUCGACACAUCUCCGGUUUCAAGAGUCCGAGCCAGUCAUUCAUGUCCCUGGUGGGGUUUCACUACCCGCUGCGGCCACUAUCCCCGCAAACUUCAUUACUGCAUAUAUGGGGCUGAAGGAGCUCGCACGAAUCCAGCCUGGGGAGUCGGUCCUAGUUCAUUCCGGGGCUGGCGGCACAGGCCAAGCAGCAAUACAGAUCGCAAAGCACUUUGGAGCCCAAGUCUUUACUACAGUCGGGUCUGAAAGCAAGAAGGCAUUCCUCAUGGAAACUUAUGGACUCCCUGAGUCUCAUAUAUACUCCAGCAGAUCGACGUAUUUCUCCAAGGCGAUCCAUCACCGAACCUCAGGAAAAGGGGUUGACAUAAUCUUUAAUUCGCUCUCCGGUGAAAGUCUCCUUAAGUCAUGGGAAUGUAUCGCCCCGUACGGAAGAUUUGUUGAGAUCGGCAAAAAAGACAUUCUAUCAAACAGCAAACUCCCAAUGGCCCAAUUUCUAAAUAAUACGACGUUCAUCGGUCUAGACCUGGGAUAUUGGGCAAGGGACCGCCCGGAUGCUUGUGUAUCUGCAUUAAAUGCGAUCUUCGAGUUGCUCGUCGAGGGAAAGUUGCAACCACCCAGCCCGGUUACCACAUAUGGAGUCGCAGAAAUAGAAAAAGCCUUCCGACAAAUGCAAGGUGGAAAGCAUCAUGGCAAGCUAGUGAUUGAGAUGCGGAAAGACGAUUUGGUUAUGGUUAGUUUGAGGAUAUAUCCACGCCUCAUUGUCGCAACGUAUGUUGUCUCGGGCGGACUAGGCGGACUCGGUCAGAAUGCUGUUAACUGGCUGGUGACUCGUGGGGCGCGAAACCUCCUCCUGCUAUCACGGUCUGGUGGAAACAGUCCCGAGGGACAAAAGCUACUUGAUAAACUAUCUACUCAAGGAGUAAAAGUCCUAGCUCCAGCCUGCAACGUCAAUGACACUCAAUCGCUGUGCAGAUCGCUUGAUGAAUGUCAAGCGCACAUGCCCCCAAUCAAGGGCUGCAUCCAGGGCGCAAUGGUGCUACACGAUGUUUCAUUCGAAGAUAUGUCAUACACUGCCUGGCAAACCGCAGUUAGCCCUAAGGUGCAAGGAUCAUGGAACCUCCACGAGCUUCUUCCACGGGGAAUGGACUUCUUCAUCAUGCUGUCCUCGAUAAACGGAGUGAUUGGAUCUAGAGGACAGGCAAACUACGGUGCUGGAAACACCUUCCAAGAUGCACUUGCUCGAUACCGGGUUGGAAUCGGUGAGCGGGCGACCUCCCUUGAUCUUGGCCUGUUUACCUUUGCCGGCGCGAUUACAAAGGAUCCCAGACUGAGGGAGAUGGUGCAAAACAACUCGGUGUUGGAGCCAGUCUCUGAAGCCCAAUUCCAUGCUCUGCUUGACUCCUACUGUAAUCCUGCGAAAUCUCUGGAUUUAGGUCUAAACUGUCAGACUUCAAUCGGUAUAUUUCCAGCGGUAAUGGAACGGGGCGCAGGAAGAGCCUAUUGGCUUGAAAAACCACUCUUCGGAUUCCUGAAACCUAAGGAAGCAUUCCACGGUGACCAGCUCGGCCAGGGCCGUGGUGUGAAUAUUGCAGCAGCGUUUCAGAGCGCCGCAUCGCUGGCAGAAGCGACCGCGUUGAUAGUCGAGGCCCUGACAUUGAAACUUUGCAAAGUGUUAUCACUUUCCGAAAGCGAUAUCGACAAGGACAAGCCGUUGCAUGAGUACGGCGUCGACUCGCUUGUCGCCGUUGAACUUCGCAGUUGGUUCUCGAAGGAGAUGCAAGCUGACGUUGCCGUCUUCGAUAUCAUGGGCCGUGCUACCGUUGCUUCGCUCGCCCAGCUGACCGCUGGUCGAAGCAAGUUGGACAAGGAAUGGUCUGCAUGAAGUGAGGCGACAACUCUAUCUAGCUCAUAGGACAAUAGGGGAUGUAUGAAAAUUGAGGCGUUGUAGUCUGCAGUCCCAAGUAGCCUCACCAAAUGAUCAUCCAAGACCUCUCAAUUUUUAACUAUAUGAUUUGGAACGAAUUCCUGUAUGUAUAUGCACAAUGACAUCAGAGAUAAAGAUCGACAAAAAUUGGGCUUUGGGUUCUAGCCGUUGAUUAACGUGAGGGUUAGGAAGAGAGGCAAGAAACAAGGCAAACUUGACGUGGCAGCUAGCUACUUGUACCAAUCAAAUCAAGUAUGGAUCCCAGAUGGUGGCGAGAAA